AUGGAAGCCAAGGAAGACGACGAGGAGAGGCCGGAAGAAGAGGAGGAGGAGGAGGAAAAGGAGGACAACAAUGAGGAGGACGACGAGGAGGACGAAGAGGACAACAACCCCCAAGGCAACGCAGACAGCGGGGAGGGAGGGCAAGCCGAACUCGAAGAUGCGGAGCUCAACAAUGAGGAGCCCGUCCGCUGGAAGCGCACCCUUGCGUGGCAACAGGUCUACAAAGAUCGCGCCCCGGUGAUUUAUUGGUCCUCCACGCACCAGACCAUGAUUCAGGGUAGCGUCCGUGGCUCUGGCCGAUUUCGGUCCUGGGAGCAGCUCCCCCGCUACUCGGUGGAGGUGGGCUUGCGAAGGCAGCUGCGGAAGGACGUUCCCCUGAGCGACUUGCAUCCUGCUCCUUGGGGACAUAUUUCCUUAAUCGGGAUUAUAGUAUUGUAG